ACAGGACUACUACAGACCAGUACAGGACUACUACAGACCAGCGCAGGACUACUACAGACUACUACAAACCAGCACAGGACUACUACAGACCAGCACAGGACUACUACAGACUACUACAGACCAGUACAGGACUACUACAGACCAGCACAUUACUACCACAGACCAGUACAGACCAGUUUGGUGACCAGUGGAACCAGCAGGAUCCUUUUGAUGGGACUCCCAGAACAGAGGGCUGUGACUGGACAGUGAGUGACCCCAUGCCUCUGAGUCCGGCUGCCAACGCUAAGCAUGACCCCCCUGAUCACCCCCGGCAACCAGCCGCUACCAAUGGCAACCAGCCAGGUUCCGCCCUUGCCAGGGACGACGGGAGGACUUCCUCCCCAGAUCCUCCUGACGACGGCUCCGGAAACAGCAUCGUCAUCCGUAUUGGCAUCCCUGACCUGCAGCAGACGAAGUGCCUGCGGCUGGACCCCGAGGCAGCGGUGUGGAGCAGUAAGCAGCGUGUGUUAGUGACUCUAACACAGAGCCUGACUGAUGUUCUGAACUACGGCCUGUUUCAACCGGCCUUCAACGGACGAGCUGGGAAGUUCCUAGAUGAGGAACGACUGCUGAAAGACUACCCUCUACCCCCCAUCACCCCUAUUCCCUACCUAGAGUUCCGCUAUAAGAGGCGUGUUUACACUCAGAGCUACGUGGACGACAAGCAGCUAGCGAAGCUCCAUACCAAGGCCAACCUGAAGAAGUUCAUGGACUACGUUUACCAGCUCAGCGUUGACAAAGUCUCCAGGUUCUUGGAGAAAGGUCUUGAUCCUAAUUUCCAUGAUGCAGACACAGGAGAAUGCCCCUUAACCCUGGCGGUUCAGCUCGAGGGCAGUGCAGAGCUGAUUAAAGUCCUGAGGAGUGGAGGAGCCCACCUGGACUUCAGGACGAGAGACGGAAUCACAGCGCUGCACAGAGCCGUUCUCUCAAGGAACCACACAGCACUCACAACGGUGUUGGACCUGGGGGCGUCUCCAGACUAUAGGGACAGCCGUGGGUUAACUCCUUUGUACCACUGUGCCAUGGUGGGGGGAGACCCGUACUGCUGUGAACUGCUGCUUCAUGAACACGCUGUUAUAGGCAGCACCGACGAGAAUGGCUGGCAAGAGAUACACCAGGCAUGUCGUCAUGGGAACGUGCAGCACCUGGAACAUCUGCUGUUUUACGGAGCCGACAUGAGCUCCCAGAAUGCCUCAGGGAACACUGCCCUGCACCUGUGUGGUCUAUACAACCAGGAAGGCUGUGCCAGAGUUCUGCUGUUCAGAGGAACAAAUAAAGACAUUAAGAACUACAACAACCAAACAGCUUUUCAGGUGGCCAUCAUUGCUGGGAAUUUUGACCUGGCAGAGAUCAUUAAGAUCCAUAAGGCCUCAGACGUAGUGCCUUUCAGAGAGAGUCCUUCCUAUUCCUCAAAGCGCCGGCGUCUGGGCGGGGCCAAUAAUGUUGGUGUGUGUGGCUCGUCAUCUCCCCGUUAUCUGAUUCGCUCAGCCAGCGACAACGCUCUGGAAAGCCCCGCCUCUACUUCUCCCGGCCCCUCCCUCCACAGCCUGGAGAACACACACACUUCCAACCGGCAGGCAGACACACACAGCCUUCGCAGGCAGACACGGCGUCUCAGCCCGAGUGGCAGGCUACAGAGGGACCCCAGCCCGCCCCCAUCUCCCCCCAGCCCAGUGCAGCGUGGGAAACGUAGGCUGUACAGCGCUGUGCCAGGGAGGACGUUCAUCGCUACACGGUCUCACACACCGCAGGGUCCCGGGGAGAUCAGCCUGCAUCGGGGGGAGAGGGUCAAAGUGCUGAGUAUAGGAGAAGGAGGGUUCUGGGAGGGUUCUGUUAAAGGACGGACCGGAUGGUUUCCUGCUGACUGUGUUGAAGAGGUCCAGAUGAGACAGUACGACCCACGCCUAGAAACACGAGAGGAUCGAACCAAGAGGCUUUUCAGACAUUACACCGUGGGUUCCUAUGACAACUACACCUCUUACAGUGAUUAUGUCAUCGAGGAGAAGAGUUCUGUGCUACAGAAGAGAGACAGUGAAGGAUUUGGCUUCGUCCUCCGUGGAGCCAAAGCGGAGACCCCUAUAGAGGAGUUUGCCCCUACCCCAGCGUUCCCGGCGCUGCAGUACCUGGAGUCUGUUGACUUGGAGGGCGUGGCCUGGAGGGCGGGGCUACGCACUGGGGACUUCCUCAUUGAGGUGAAUGGCAGUGAUGUGGUGAAGGUGGGCCAUAGACAGGUGGUGUCGCUGAUCCGUCAGGGAGGAAGUCAGCUGCUGAUGAAGGUUGUUUCAGUCACACGCAAACCUGAGUCCGACUUAGUCCGUAAGAAAGCUCCUCCUCCGCCUAAGAGAGCACCCAGCACGUCGCUCACACUGCGCUCCAAAUCUAUGACUGCUGAACUGGAAGAGAUAGAAAAGCUGGACGAGAUGUUGACUGGGUCCCAGGAGGUGAUGAUGAGAAAAUGCCCCUUGGAGGCAGACUACAGAGCGGCCACCGUGAAGCAGCGGCCAACCAGCAGGCGGAUUACUCAGCAAGAGAUCAACUCUUUGUUUGAGCGGCAGGGCCUGCCUGUUCCCCCAGGGGUUUCCCUGGGGCUGGAGAAAGCCACCAUGCAGCUGCCUCGUGGAAUGUCCCGGACCAAGUCCUUCGGUGCACCAGAGGAUGACAGGAUCUCUGCUCUGAUUGGAGAGCAUCGGUUUCCAAGGAGCUCUUCGAUGACUGAUGGCUUCAUACCUCCUCCUCCCCAGACUGCCCCCCCCUCCCCCCCUUCCCACUACUUCCUGGACUCUGGCCCGCCGCCGGCCUUCUGCCCUCCACCUCCCCCGCAGCGAGCAGCCGAUCAAUCACACUCCAGCUUCAAGCCGGCGGAACCUAGGCUGCACGAGGUCUGUGAUUCGCCAACGUCUCGGAGCCAUGCAGAGCGGCAGAGGAAAGCUCGCUCCAUGAUCAUCCUGCAGGACUCACCUGUACCAGGCUAUCUACCUGCAGAGUCUGCCCCCCUAGGCCGACCUGCUGGGGCUACAGCAGGGCUGGGCCUGUCCCGGCCCAGCCCUGCUGCCUCACCCAACCCCCUCUCCAGAAUCAGCCCUGCCCCCAGCCCCCUCUCCAGAACCAGCCCUGCCCCCAGCCCCAGCCCCUCUCCAGAACCAGCCCUGCCCCCAGCCCUAACCCUCCAGGGGAGCGCAGCAGCAACAGGAGGCGUGGCCGACCACAAGCCUCAGCGUCGCAAGUCUCCGCUCCUCAAACAGUUGCAGGUGGAGGAGGGGCCUAGCAGGGCAGAGCUAUACCAGCAGCAGGUGCUCACUGAGCGUGCUCAGAUACGGGUCACGCCCCCUCAGGGCCGUAGGUCCUCCUUCUUCCUGUCUGUGGAGGGAGGGGGUUCAGAGCCCCCUCCCAUCCUACUGACCCAGUCCCACUCUCCCCGAGCCCAGGCCCAAACGAAGCCCUCCUCCCUGACCAGCCCUGAGCUCCGACACAAACGUAUCAACCCACCCAUAUUCCUUGACGGACAGCUGGAGCGGCCAGUCGUAGAGCGGCCAGAGACAGAAGGCGGAGUCACAUCUCCUGCUGUGCCCUCCCCCGAGCGUUGGCAGGCUAUGCCCCUCCCUCCCAUCAGUCAGGUGACCAUCAAUAUAACCAAUGAAAGCCAGCCGGCAGGACGGGGUCUGGGGGAAGAGCUGAUUGAGGCGUUGCAUGGACAAUUACAGAGGAGGAGAAGUCUGACCGUUGGCAGCUCAGAGGAGGAGGGCGGGCCUUAUACAGUAACCCAGGACCAAUCAGAGAGGAGAAAGAGUCUGGAGGGCGGGCCUUACACGGUGACCCUGCCCCCUGCACUGCUGUCAUCCAGUGAUGAGGAGACGAGGGAGGAGCUUCGUAAGAUUGGUCUGGUGUCUCCUCCCUUGGUGUUUGCCACGCCCCCCUCCCCCACCCAGCCCCCCUCCUCCCUCAGCCUGUCACCACGGAGACCCCAGGCAGGUGAGAGCGGGGGAGGAGGGGAGUCAGCUCCAGACUCAGGGGUGGAGGAGGGAGACCCUCACAUAGAGAACACCUUAUCCCCCAGCAGCACCCCGGCCCCCAGCCUGCCCCCCCACCCUGCCCUCCCCAGAAGCCCCCAGCCUUUCCCUGCCACCCAGAAAACCCUGCCCUCCUCCACCUCAGACCCCCAGAGCCUGAAGCCCAGGCUGCGUUCUCCCCUGGGCCGUGGGCGCUCUGCUCUCAGGGAUCCUCUACUGAAACAGUCUUCAGACAGCGAUCUGCUUCCAUCUGGCUGUGGACCUGGACGCCCACCACCCUACCUCUUCCAGAGGAGAUCCAAACUUUGGGGGGAGGUGUCCGAGUCUCGGCCCAGGCAGAGUAGCCCUGAGGAGGGCAGGCCAACUGCCGUGGGGGGUGGUGGGCUGGAGCUGGCCUCACGUCUCCAGUUACUCAGUAAAGACUCCCACUCACUCGGAGAGGAGCCUGCAGGACUGCUGGACCCUGGACACAGGUCCCCUGUGGGCGGAGCAAGGUUGUUUAGUAGUCUUGGGGAUGUCCACACCAUCUCCCAGAGAGGUUUUGGUGGCACCACCUACACAGUCCGGCCGGGGAGCCGCUACCCAAUCACACCUCGCCGCAGUCCCAGCCCCUCCCCCUCGCCUGCCCCUGUCCUCUCCCCAGACAGGUCAGAGGUCAGUCCUGGGCGGGGCUUUGGCCUUAGCUCCUCCCAUCACCACCACACCAUCCUCAAGUCGUCUAGCCUCAGCUUGCCUUCGGAGCCCAAGGAGGUCCGCUUCGUAAUGCGGAGUGCCAGCGCUCGAACCCGUUCCCGCUCGCCCUCCCCCUUCCCCCACGCCUCCCCCUGCCCCUCCCCCGUACUGGGCUCCCCCCUGCUCGCCCUGCGGCCGUGGCGCCAACGCCCUCUAGCUCUGUGGAGUAAGUAUGAUGUGGGAGACUGGCUGGAGAGUGUUGGUUUGGCAGAGCAUCGUGCCCGCUUCCAGGAGCAUGAGAUUGAGGGUUCCCACCUCCCUGCCCUCACCAAGGAUGACUUCGCUGAACUGGGCGUGACACGAGUCGGACACCGCAUGAACAUUGAGAGAGCGCUCCGACAACUGCUGGACAACUGAACCUCUAACCCCUGAUAUUACUGAAGGGCUGUCACACCUGAACCCUAACCCUCUGUGGAGGUAUUCUGGCAACACCAGUGGCUGUAACCUGGCAACACCAGUGGCUGUAACCUGGCAACACCAGUGGCUUCAUCCUGGCAACACCAGUGGCUUCAUCCUGGCAACACCAGUUGCUUCAUCCUGGCAACACCAGUUGCUUCAUCCUGGCAACGCCAGUGGCUGUAACCUGGCAACACCAGUGGCAGUAACCUGGCAACACCAGUGGCUUCAUCCUGGCAACACCAGUGGCAGUAUGCUUUCAGAUGUCUAUUUUCCAAAGACAGCAUCACAUGGAGUUGAGCAUUUAGUAUGAACUUUUUAUGAAUAUACAAGAAAAUACCUCCUCCAUCGAAAUAUCUACAAUAUCGACAUAUUUUCCAAUAAUGAAAUUGAUGAUAAAUGUUUAUUAGGAAUAGAUAUAUUUAAAUAAAAUGGUGUGUUUCA